AUGCCUACCAACACCUAUUUACUCUUCAACCACAAGCAGGCCUACAAACAACUUUACAACAAACAGCUCUUUAACCCCAAGCAGACCUGCAAACACCUCUUUAACAAACACCUCUUUACCAAAUACCUCUUCAACCCCAGGCAGGCCUACAAACAACUUUACAACAAACACCAAAACUACAAACACCUCUUUAACAAACAUCUCUUUAACCAACACCCUUCAACCCCAGGCAGGCCUACAAACAACUUUACAACAAACACCUCUUUAAUAAACACCUCUUUAACAAACAUCUCUUUAACCAACAGCUCUUCAACCCCAAGCAGGCCUACAAACAACUUUACAACAAACACCUCUUCACCCCCAAGCAGAUUUGCAAACACCUCUUUAACAAAUACCUCUUCAACCCCAGACAGGCCUACAAACAACUUUACAACAAACACCUCUUCAACCCCACGCAGGCCUACCAACAACAUUUUAACAAACAGCUCUUUAACCCCAAGCAGACCUACAAACACCUCUUUAACAAACACCCCUUUAACAAACACCUCUCCAACCCAAAGUAGGCCUCCAAACACCUAUUUAGCAAACAUCUUUUUAACAAACACCACAUUAUCAAAUACCUAUUUAAUCGCAGGCAGACCUUCAAACACCUCAACAAACAUGUCUUUAAACAAUUCACCAGCAAACACUUUACUUGCAAGCACCUCUAUGAACACCUCUUCAACCAACAACAUUUUAACCCAAACACUACCAAAUAUGGCUUCAACUCCUACAAUCUCAUUGUUAACAACAAGCAUUUCUUCCUCCCCAAACACAUCUACAAACACCUUUACAACAAACGACUCCUCAACCUUGAGCACGUUUACAAAUACCUCUGCAAUGCCUGAUAAUGCACGUUUAAUUUUUAACCUGACCUUCAGCAUCAAAGAAACCUUUGAUGCAGCACUGGCCAAUGCAACAUCUCCAGAGUUUGAAGCAAACUCUACAAAUAUCUGUAAUCAGUUUGAACCAACGUUCAGAGAAGCCUUUCCAACAUUUAACAUCAUGAAAAUUUUAAAAUUCAGUAAUGGGUCGACUGUUACAGAAAGCAACCUUUACAUAAAUUCUGAUGGGCAAUAUGUAAAUGUGGACAAAGUAAAAACUGUCUUUCUCAGUGGGCUUAACCGCUUGACCUUUAGCGUUGAUCCAAACUCUGUCAAGGUCACUCAGAUUCUUGGUAAAUCCAUGUCACCACUCCUUGCAAGCUCACUUUCCAUUAUAUGGAUGUCUCUUCUAUCACUUUUACUUUCAGCAGCUUUGUAUGUCUAGCUCAAGAUUAAUAACGCUAUUCUACCGAAGUAAAAACACACUUUUCUUUUAAGCAAAAUCAUUAAUUUAUGUUUUACUUUGAUUGAGUAAUAUUAUGAUAUGGGAAGAAGGGAAAUGCAUUUAUAACCCAAGUUCUAAAAAUCUAAUUAAUUUGCAAAUCACAUAAAUCUAUGUUUUUUACAAUAGAACAUAGAAAAUAUAUGAAAUCUACCUUUUUAAGGAAAAUAAAUAAGGUCACCUAGUCUAUAUACAUUUGGGAACUGAGGAGUGAAAUGUUUUUGAAUGGUGAAAGGUCUGGACUUCAGGCAGGCCAGUUUAGCACCCAGACUCUUCCACUACAAUGCCAUGCUGUUGUAAUAGAUGCAGUAUGUGUAUUAGUAUUGUCUUGCUCACAUAUGGAAAAGCAUUUAUAAAGCUUUUCCAGAUGUGCAAACUGCCCAUUCCAUAGCCAAUAAUGAAUCCCUGUACCAUCAGAGAUGCAGGCUUCUGAACUUCAUGCUAAUAAAAAGAUGAAUGGUCCCUCCCCUCUUUCUUCUUGUUGCUAAUUAACCUCAUUAAAAUAGGAGCAGUCCAAAAUAACUCCAAAAAAAGAUAAUAUAAUCUAUGUACACAAACUAUUCAAGCAAUAUUGCUUCCAUGAUCCUGAGCUGUCUCUUGCUACCACCCCAUUGAGAUCCUAAAUACCCAUGUUUGCUUGCAUACCCCCAAAAUUGCUGACCUCCAAAAAGCAAGAGAAAAGCCAGUGGUCUACUGCCUCUUUAACUGUGAAACUGAUCUCCCAAGUACCACACCCCCACACAGUUGUUUAUAUGUCACAUCACAGAGCAGAUAAUUAUGGGGUAUAUAUUGAAGAACGCACCUCGAGGGAUUUUUGCUUUUCGCUUCUCCUGCUUCUGCUGGAUUUUUCAUUCAGGAGAAAAGGAAUGGCCAUUUUACAGAAGUCUGGAACAGUGCAUCAUUAAGAAUAUUACUAUUUAUUUUUUUUUUUGCAGAGCUUUUACAGCUCUGUCUGGCCAAGAUAUGGAAAACAUAAUUUAGUACACCAUUCAGGCACUUCAAGUACUUAGUUAAGUACAUGCCAGUCAGGUACAUCAUUGCCUACAUAGGUGACAUGCUCAGGGGCCCCAAGGGUGGCAGCUAGAAGAUUGAAUGCCCUCUCAUAAUAUUAACAGAUUACCAAAACUGUAAGUUUACCCUUUCCUACUACCCUGGGUCAAAGAAGGCUACAGUUGAUGCACCCAAACACGCUCAUCAGAUCUACAACAUAUAGACCCAACUCCUCCAGCAUCAUACAUAAUUGGGCCAAUCAAGUAUGAACUGGACCAAACAUAUAACUACUCCAUAAUGAUCCGAUUCAAUCAAAUCAAAUAAUCAGUCUCACCCGGCAAACUCUUCAACCCUUUGAGCCCAACUUAGAGCUGAGACGCAGACCUUCACAGCUACAGUACCAUAUAAUUGAAGGUACCCCACAUCAACUGCCAAAGAAACACAGUCAUUCUGUGUUCAUUAAUUGU